UAUCGAAGCUAAAUCAACGCAAUUGCAAGUUACAACGAAUUCGAAAUUAGGUUUUGUGAGAGAAGUUUCAGAGCAAAAAUGGCGGAAGAAGGAGUUGUCGUUGGCUGCCACACCGUUGACCAGUGGAACGAGCACUUUCAGAAGCAUGCUUCUUCUGAGAAAUUGGUGGUGGUGGAUUUCACUGCCUCAUGGUGUGGUCCUUGCCGCAUAAUUGCACCAAUCUUGGCUGAGUUUGCUAAAAAGAUGCCCCAUGUUGUCUUCUUGAAGGUGGAUGUUGAUGAAGUGGAGAGCGUUGCUCAGGAGUAUUCUGUGGAGGCAAUGCCAACAUUCAUCCUCUUCAAGAGUGGAAAACCAGUAGACAAGGUUGUGGGUGCUAAGAAAGAUGAACUCCUGUCCCGCAUCGUUAAGCAUUCAGAAGGAGCAGCAGCUGUGUCUGCUUAAUUAAGAUGCUAAAUAUGUUGAUCAGCAACUUAUGUGUUUCUUUUAUAUUUGGAUAUGAAGUUUGUGUGUUAACUCUUGAACGUCUGUAUUGCAUAAAUUAAAGCUGCUGUAUUAAUAUGGUUGGCAAUUCAAGUUUUUGGUUGUCUUAACCUGCUUCUUGUUUUAAAUUAUUGUACUUGGC